GUCCAAAAACGGUGGACUUCCCCUUUCAGCCACUUCUACGUAUCUGCCCCAGUCGUUCAUGCACUCAGAAUUGAUGUUCGGGCGUGACGCCGCGAUAUCAAACGGGCGCUUGAAUGUUUCCAGCGUAACGCUUAUCCGGACUAAGAAGCUCCACGCAUCCUUCCCAAGUUCCCAUGCCCAGGCACAAAAUUCAAUUCCCAACACUUUUGCCAACUCCUCUUCCAACCGUUGCAUCAACCUCAUUCCCGCCCGACAGGAGACGGACUCCAAAUUACCCGCACCGCUCCUCGCGUAUGCAUGCCGGUAUUGCUGUCUCUCGCGAUAACACUUCGGCUCCGGGAGCCUGGGUGGCGGAACGUACAAGACAUGGCGGCUUCACUUUUUCCCCGCUUGAACGCCAUCGCUUAGAGUUGCAUAGCACUGUUGCAUUCAUACCUCCUCUUGCCUCCCAAACUUGUCUUUCAACCCAGAGAUACCGGUUUUCCAGUACCGCGGAACAUGGACAACCGCGAUCACCGUGUUCUGGAAUGGAAAGUUGUGCCGCGGUGGUCGUUGUCGAGACACUAAGACGUCGAGGACCCACCAUCACAUGGAUGUUUCCCCUUUCGGAUAGACCGCAGCGUUACAUCCUCCCAUGAAACGGGAGGAACACACCCCCCGGUACAAACACGGAUCCCUGUCCAGGGGGAACUGGGGAAGAAAUGCCUCCGUAUGCUUAAUCGGGAAUAGGGGCAU